AUGAAAUCACAUCUUCCUUACAUUUCAUGUUUGUGUAAUUCUCUCAAAGAAUCUACUGAUCAAUUUGUUUCAUCAUCGAGUAUUAAAAUACCAAGGCUUGAUUGUUCACUUUCGAAUUGUGAGAAUGAAUUGAUUUGUAAAUGCUAUUCGGAUGGAAAGGUAAUUGUAGAGAAUUUUAAUAGGGAUGGCUAUUUGUUGAGGCUGAAGGAAGGAGAAGGCUUUAGAUAUGUUUCGUGUGCUUUCGGAUUGAUUUCUAAUAGAAGAUUGAUGAUUCUUGCAAGAUCAGACAAUAUGUUGAUUAUUCUAUUAGAAGGCUUGAAUGACAAUAUUCGAGUGUUUAAUCAAAUCGAAUCAUUUCUGGUUCCAUCUUCUAGUAAUGUCUCUUGUCUUGAUGUGAAUCAAUUUAGAGGUAGUAAUCUCAUUAUGAAUAGUAUUAUAGUUGGAUGUUAUGAUGGCAGUCUCCAUGUAUUCACAUUGAUGUUAAGCAAUCAGGAUCAAUUACUUGUUGCCCAUCAACCAUUUCCCAAUUUUGAGGGCCACAAAUCUAUUGGAAUCUUAAAGGUUAAGGAAGAAUCUAAUACCAUGAUGGUUAUUGGGAGCUCAAAUACGAACUCUUCAUUGCUGUAUAUUGCAAGAACGGAUGGUGUAUUGCAAGUGUGUAGGUUGACAACAAUGAGAACGUUAGAAAGUGUAACCUCAGAGAUUGAAACUAUCAAAUGUAUUGCAAUCAAUUCAUGUGCUUGUGCAUUAUCAUUCUGCGACUUGUUAAUAGACAGGGAAACUGUUAAGGUAAUUGCAAUUUCUGGAAUUGAUUACUUUUCCAUUUAUUAUUCAAAUGAUAACUUUGCAAAUUAUGGAAAGAUUAUUAUUAAUUUACCAAUCCACAGGGUGAUUACUUCCAUUCUUGCAUUAAGGUUAGAAAGAGAGGACAAGGACAUGCUAAGUUUAUUAUUUGGUGAUGAGCUUGGUCAACUAUAUAGAGUCAAGAUUACAGAUCUCAAAUGUCCCUCAAUAACAAUCGAACCAAAGAAUCUUCUUGGCACUCCCCAAUCCUCCUCCAUGGUCAUGCAAAGUGUCCUAGUAAGAAGAUCAUCCGACAAGAACUCAAUCAUCUUUACAACAAGAAGAGACGAAACACAAACAUUUUAA